AUGGGUCGCAGAAAGAUCGAGAUCAAAGCCAUCAAGGAUGAUCGCAAUCGCUCAGUCACAUUCCUGAAGCGAAAGGGUGGUCUGUUCAAGAAGGCGCAUGAGUUGGCUGUUCUUUGUUCCGUCGACGUCGCGGUCAUCAUUUUUGGGCACAAUAAGAAGCUUUAUGAGUACUCAUCAUGCGACAUGCACGAGGCUCUUGGGCGGUAUCAAUAUUUCGGUGGCCCUCAUGAGCACAAAGGCCCAGAUGAUUUCUCCGGCAAGCGUGACGAUGACGACGAGGAAGAUGAGGAUCACACACCGGCCCCCGAGGACAUGCAAAUUCCACAAUCCCACACUGCCGUUCCCCCUCAUCUCCACCAGUCCGGUUUCCAGCACGUUAAUCAUGCGCCCUCCGCGUCCCCUCCCAUCCAGAACGGUCUCCCGACGCGACAUGGCACCCCGCAAUCGCAGAUCUCUCGUCCCUCGUCUAGGAAUACCCAGAAUACACACGCUCGUCGCGUCAGCUCUAAUCUUGGUCCGCAUCACGGUACGCCGCCGCCACCCGCGGCGCAAAAUGGCUAUUACAUGGCCAAUCCAUCCAUGUACAAUCCGAACGUUCACUCUGCCAUGAAUCAACCGCGCCCCGCACAGUACGCCCAAUAUGCCCAUCCUCCAGGUCCUCAAGGAACACCUCCCCAAGGAAUGCCCCAUCCACAUGGUCUACCUCAACAGAUGCCUCAGCAACAUUUCCAGCACGCACAUGCCGUGACUUCACAGCAGAUGGGAAUGCCACCUGGAUCACAUGCGCCGGUGCAGCAGGUCACGCAGGCCUACAUGGCGGACCAGGGGCGGGGGUCAAUGCCUCCAUCAUUUGGUCCUGAUACCCAGAAGCGCAACAUGCCCGAGAUCCCCGAGCGCUCAGAUAAUACGUCGGGUGGCCUAAAGCCAGAUAGUCAAUCACCGCCCCAGCCGAAAUUUUUGUCCAAGUCUCGCAGCAUUUUCACGCCCAUUGACGACGGAGGAUCUGUGCUAGCCCGCCAUUUCGGAGCAGGUCCCUCUAUGUACGAACCCCCCCGUGUGAACCAGAACAUCAAGCCGGAUACAUCGCAUGAGGACUCGAGCUCUAGAGCAGAGCUUGUGAAUCCCGCUCCAGAGCCUCCGCGUCCACAAUCGACCUCCUCAGUCCCGGAGAUCAAGCCGGUCCAGCGAAUGAAUAGUGGCCAGAUUCCAUCCAAACGCCCGCAAUUGAAGGUUCAGAUUCCAAGUGAGAGCUCCGAUCGGGGUAGUGCAACGGCCGACUCCUCUUCACGAGAUUCUGCUGGCAACAAGACGACGCCCGCUCGAGGGAAUGGCGAGAAUCCUACGCCGGGUGGUGUGGUCCUGCCACCACCUUCACCGUCGGCCGGGGCGAUUCUCAGUGCAGGCGCCCAAGGCCCUCCGAAUCCGUUUGCUCGUCCACCACCACCAGUCACCCAGUCACAGAGCAAUGCAUUUGGCAAUUCCAUGAACAAUGGCAAUAACUCGAAUAACAUCGAGACGCCAAUCUCUGCCCUCCCAAGCCGCUUUGUCUCGGAUGCUCUCCUUCCGUCGCCGUCAAGUUUCUUCCCGGAAUGGGGUUUUGGCCGUUCAGGACCAGACUCCAGCCUUCUGCCUAGUCCCCUCACCUUCCCGACGCCCGCAUUACAAAGUGGACCAAGCUUUGCAAGAGAAGAUGAACAGGAUAAGAAGCGCAAGAGUCCAGACAGCGGGUCACAAGACGAUGGCGCGAACAAAAAACCAAAAACUUAG